GUGAGGUCAGAAGGGGGGGGGGCGGGAGGAGCGGAGCGGGGCUGCAGCAGGGUAAGCCGUGAAAAGCUCCAGACAACGGACCUCCCGCUGCCCCGAUGCUAUCAGCUGGGGUGGAAUGUCUCCUUGAUUCUGCCGUUAACGGUGUAACAGAGGAGUUCUACGCCGCACUGCCAGCCAGCGUCUCCACGGAGCUGAUGGCUGUAUCGGAGCCUACCAUUAGAUUAGAUGCAAAGGCUGAUGUAUCAACACCUGUGCCCGCGCGUAGCAGCAGCCUGUUGUCUGAGCAUCACGGGACUUCGGGGGUAGAAGGCUUUUGCCAGAAGACAGAGGAGCUGGAUGAUAUGGUCAGAGCGAUUUCUCAUGGGCCAGCAGAAUCCCAUCCUGAAGAGUUACUGAGGGACGGAGACCUUGAAGAGGAUGAAAAAAACAAAAGACAAAACUUUAGGGAACUAGACUGUUCUGGUGGUGGAUACCAGCAAGAAGACAAAGGGGCUGGGGAUUGGUCAAAACAAGAGAAUCCUCACAUAAGCCAGCAUAAGGCAAAGUCUUCAAGAAGCUGUUGCACUGAAAUAGCAGGAUCUCUGAAGAACAAAGAAGAAAACCAAGCAAAUGUUCAGGUGACAGCUGAAACUCUGCCAAAGCCUACUGAAGAUGUACAAGGUAUGAUGGCUGAUGGGGCUAGGAUAUUUAGUAAAGCAGAAUACCAGAAUGACAGUGUGAGUCGAGGUCUUCCACGUGAGAGCGAUCAAUGUCCAGAUGUAGACACAGUCAUGGCCAGAGCUGGAGUUUCAGAAACCAGCUUGUUAGAUUUUUCAGAGCCUUUAAAAGUAAUGGACAUUGAAACAACCACAGAACCACAAGAAAUAAGUGAACAUAAUGGGUUGAAAGCCUAUACUGACAUGUCAUUGAGAACAGGUGGCAAUGUUGUAUCUAUUUUGGAGACUAGAAAAGAUAAGUUACCCAGACAAAAUCCUGUUAAUGAAUUCAGUACAUCACUUGCUAAUUGCCAGACUUAUCAGCAGGAUGAAGAAAACAAUGCUCAUGACUUCUGUACUGUUCCUCUACCUAAACAGAAUGAACUUGAUAGAUUGUCAUCAGUAGAAAGUGGUAGAAUGCUCUCCAUAGAAAGUUGUGAAGGUUUAUGUUCAGUUCUGAAAAGCAUCUGGUACCCGGACUGUAGAAAUACGUUGCUAGAAAACAAUAGUACUGCAAUGCAUAAAAUUAUCAAUGAAACCCAAAAAAAGUAUCUUCCUGAAAACAUGGAAAGUCAGACUAACUAUGAGCAUGGAACUGGGUUUGUAGAAAAUUGGACCUAUGCAUCCAUGCCAGUAGAGCAUCUCUCAGUGGUAAGCAACAAAGAAUUAUCUAGUGCUCAAACUGAUUGUAGGGAAGAAAGUGAUAAUAUAGGUAAAUAUUACGGCUUUGAAUUUGAAGAAGCUGCUGAAACCCAAAGGAAAAUUGCUGUGGGAUGUAAUGCUGAAGCUGGUAGCUUGCCUGAAGCUCCAGAGGGUGCUAAUUCUGAGCAUGGUCAUUCUUCAGUUUUUAGUUCUAUUCCUUCAUCUUGUGAGGAUUUCUCAAAAGAAAACAUAAAAAUGGUCCCAUCAGAAGUUGAUAAGUGGAAAAAGGACCACUGGCAAUUCUCUGUCAGUGACCUAUGCAAGGAUGGUGCCAAAGAAAAUAGAUUAUUGAAGGACAUGAACAGCAUUAGUUCCCAUGAAAUUAGACAGACAGAUGUAUGCAUUUAUAAUGCCUACAGUAAAAUUUGUCCUCCCAGUAGCCAUAGCUGUCUGGACCAUACCACUAAGGUAGAAAAAGGGUCACCUGAGGUAGAAUUGUUUGAAAAGGAAUCUGAGAGUAAUACAAAGUCAGAAGAGUUGGUUGGCAGUUUAGUUGACACUACAGAAGCCAAUAGUAAUGACACUUUGUCCGCUGGCAAAGAAACUAAUUUGAUUUAUACACUAAAUGUAACUCUACCUCCUGUUGCACAAAAAUCAAGAGAACCUCACUGUAAUGAGUGUCUUCCUUGUACUACUAAUGAAGUUGCAAGCAGGGACAAGGCUCAGGAUAGUCUAUCUGGAAAAGAAUCAGCUGAUGCUUCUGGGACAACAGAGGAACAAGUUGCUGAAUUUGUACUUCAUAGAGACAAUUUUGAGUCUUCAAUAAAUCCCAAGACUUUUGAUGCACAUAAUAUGACAAGAAAAAAAUCCCAAAAGUCUUUAGCAGGGAAUAUAGGAAGUGUGGACACUGGUUUAGAAAAUGAACGUAGUGACACAUGGCAUUGUCAUAAUCAGAGUGUAAAAGACCAGCAUACAGUUGCCAGUACUUCCUUUACUUUAUCAGGGUGUACACAUAUAGACGAUGCUCUCCCAAGCAAUCAUUCUUUUAAGGCUGACGUUGAGAUGAAGAUUGAAGAACAUGAUAGUUUGGAAGGAGAAGCUUCACCUGGAUGUAAUGGUAAAAAGGCUAUCGUCUUUCUGGAAGAUCACUUCCCUUUGGCAUGUGGAUCUCUUCCUUCUGAAGAUUACUUGGGCAACAGAGAUGUAGCUCUGCAUGGGAUAAAUGACAUUUCCACAACAAAAAACAUGUUUUGCUCAACUAAUACUGCAGAGGAGCCUACUGCUACCUUGGUAGGAGAUGAGGUUUCAAAUAAGAAUAUGAAGGUUGGAAAUGUGAAACAAUUUGAUCUUUAUAAAGUAACAGAUGUCAGUGAAAUUAUUUGUGGCAAAGAUGAGGUAAGAGAACAAAUUAGCAUGUGUGCUCUCCAGACAGAUGAAUUUGAUAAAAUAAGAACUGUGAGUUCUCCAAGGGCUCCUGAAUGCAUUUGGAGGAGUAAGACUAGUGAACAGCUAUUAGUCAGAUAUUUGAACAAAACAAAAUGUGUUCAUAAUUUUGGAUUUUGCAACUCUCCAUUAGGCCUGAAGAUGAAAGAACUAGGCACAUAUGAGAAGAAAGAAGUGUCAUCACUCACAGCUAACCCUUCUGAGUAUAGCACUUCAACCUGUGAUUGUCCAUUACUCAGCAAUGUGAAUAUUCAAACAAGACAUGCUACCAAAACAGAAAAGACCCUUUGUCCAAUGGAAAAUCAGUUUCUUGCACAUCAAAGCGAGUUUAAUGGCCCAAUUCCAGGCAGCAAGCAUCCAGAAAGUUUAAACAAACCACCAAACACUCGUUUACGAUCUAUGGCUACUUCUGUGGAAGAAACUAAAAUAUCAAUUGGCUCUAGUCAAAGUGAAGAGAAACUGUUUAAAAAAUUUGAUGACCUGCCUCCCUUGGUUCAUAAAUAUGUAAGGGAAGAUGGUUUUCAAGGAACUAUAAAAGAGAAUGUUGUGGAUUUUGACUCUUUAAAUGGUAUAAGAAAUGCAGACUCUUCAGGAUGCUUGGGCUUCAUCAGUGAUCUAAUUCAGGUGAAGACAACAGAACUAAAAGAACAAGAAAACAGAUGUGGAAGAGAAGGUAAAGAAACCCUUGAAGAAAGCCUUUCUGACAGCAAAUCACGACAUGUUCUAGCUGUGAAAGACAUGUAUGGAACCCUACCAGAAGGUGGUGACUGUGGACGGAAGUUUAAGAAUGAAUGUGUAAAGGAGAAGAUUGAAAGCAAAAUAGCUCCUAGAAAAAAGUUGCCCAUACAUUCUUUCCUUGAUGGAGAAGAUUUCCAAUGGGCUUUGUUAGAAGGUUCAAAAGAAUCUGGUAGCAAAACAGUCCCUGUCAGUACUGAGAAUUAUGAAAAUGUUUUUGAAGAAAUCCCAAGAUCUAACCGAAAUUUUUCAAAAGAAAGAAAAAAUACUACAAAGCUUGCACACUUAGCAGGUAUCAGUCUGCGUCCAGAAACUGUGCAAGACUGUCAAACUGAAGAUGCACCUGACACAGAAAUUUCACCAGAAUUCCAAUAUAAUACAACACCCCCACUUUAUCCGUCUAUGAAUAUACUAUCAAACAGUUGCAAAGAAUCAUCACCAAAUUGUGUUUGCCAUGAAGUAUGUGUGCCUUAUAAAUUAAAUGCACAGAGCAAAGAUAAUGUAAAGAAAACUACAGGAUGUCAAGACACUAUACCAGGUUAUUCAGUUUGCAAGGAAAAUAAGGCUUUAGGUUCAGAGAGACUUGAUCAAGUGGAGAAAUGUCAGGCACUUAAACGAAAGAAAAAGUAUGAAGAGAUGGAACUACAUUUGUCAGACAAGGCACAACAAGAAAAGAAGUCGGAAUACCAAGUGAAAGCAAAAAUCACGCUGCAACCAAGCAUAUUGGAUAGUUCCGAACUUUUAUGCGGUUCUUCAGCUGAAUUGGUGAUGGCAAGAAAUACAAAGUUUGAAGGUCCUUCAGAGGAGAUUUUUGCUUUUAAAAGCAGUGAAAAUAAACUACAUAGCACUUUACAAGAACUCAAAAGGCCAAAGAUUACCCCUGAUACAAUUAGUUCACAGUUUUUGAAGGCUCAGGAUUCAGAAAUGGAAAACCUGAACCUUAAUUUAAGCUAUAGUGGAAUUCCCCGUGCCUUUGGAACUACAAAUAAAUUAAGAGGACCUCUUUCAUUAAAAAGACAGCCUGGAAGGACGUGCAAGAAAGUUCCCACUUCGUAUCAAGUAGAAACUGUAAGAAAAAUGAAAAAAAUUAAAAGUUCAACUUUUUUGAAGACUCCCUCAGAAAUGCCCCCUAACCAGGAAAAUACACUCCUCAAAUCUUUAUACUUUACAUAUAAACCACCAACAGUGGAAAAGGAAAUAGCCAUGAGAUUCGUACGUAUGCCAAGGCCCUCUGCCAAGAGGUGCAGUUUGUUGAACAGCUUGAAAUGUAGAAAAUGUACCAAAGAACCAGCAUUGCUGAGCAAGCUGUCUGCAUUGGCUAGCAAACUACUGGCACCUGCCAAAAGCAUCCAUAACAUAGAACCACUGCCAUGUUCUUCUGAAAUUCUUCCAGUGGCUGAGCGGUACAGCCAACGUAGAUCUAAGAAUCUAUUGGAAGCUUUGUCUUGCAUUAACAGGAACUUACACUCACGCUGGGCUGACAGUUGGUGUACCAAGAUGUUCAGCUUUCAGUCUUUGGCACUUUACCCUGUAGGAUCUACCAAAAUAUCUUUUUUAGACUUGAGCAACAACUCUCCAUCCUCUUUCUUGGAUACCCCGGUUUUCCCAAUCUCUUUUCACAUAAAAUUGGACUCCAGUCCUGUGACAGACGUAACAGGGAUUACAUCUCGGCACUCUCGACACCACAGACCAGUUUUGGGAGAAAUGCCGGCACCACCUUCAAAGUGGACAUUCUCUUUUCUCCUGUCUCAGAGCUGUUUGGAUGCAACAGCUUUCAAGGAAGAUUCCAGUCUAGAUAAUGAGCUGCCUGCCCCUCUCUCUGUAACAACCCCAGGGGCUGUUGCCGUUCAUCAUGACCACAGAAGAAAUGCCGUAGCUGAAAGAAUGGGAAGUUGCUCCAUGCUUGGCCUUCACACGGUGCUAGCACUUUCUUCCCCUGGAUGUUACAGGAUUUGGACGAGAAGAAGAAACUUAACCAGUCAUAUUCCUACUGUCCAGAGACUAUUUAUAUCCCAAUUCAAACAGGGUUUGAAAGGGGCAAGGUAUGGAACUAAUGUAUCGGAUGACCUCGUCUCGUCCUUGCCGUACUCCCUGGGCAGGGCCCUAUCCUUAUGGAGUCAGCAUGGUCCUUCUGCUUGUCCCUCCGAAAUCACUCCUCUUCAUUCCAAUCACUGCAAGUGGCAGCCAAGUGUGGGCAUCGAGAACAGCUAUGCCAUGUUACCACACUUACCUGUACAGAGUAUGGAAGCACUACAGACUGUGGGUCGUGAGAUACUUCUGGAACCUUCAUUCCUUCUUUCAUUACCAAAGUCUCGCUCACUUCCAGAAGCAUUGCCAUCUUCCCCCAGGCUUCCAGCAUCUGAACUCCAGGCCCCUGCCCUUGAUGAAGCUAAGACUUCUAUUCCAGCCUGUUUUAGAUCUCAAGAUAACACAGAACUGAAAAAAACUGAGCCAGAAAAGAGGCCAAAGAAAGUCUCACAGAUCCGAAUCAGGAAAACUGUUCCUAAACCAGCUUGUCACCUUACUCCAAUGGGACUACCCAAACCAAAAAGGCUUAAGAAAAAAGAAUUUACUUUAGAAGAAAUUUACACAAACAAGAACUACAAAUCCCCUCCGUCAGCCAGGAGCUUGGAAACAAUCUUCGAAGAGCCCAAGGAGAAAAAUGGACGCUUGAUCUCUAUCAGCAAGCAGAAGAGAAAGCGGAUUCUAGAGUUUCAGGAUUUCACUCUUCCUCGGAAGAGGAAGGCACGAGGCAAAAUCAAAGCAGUGGGUAGUUUCACCCGAGCAAAAAAAGCUGCACUGCAAAGUGCAGAGUUAGAUGCCCUUCUGAGUCAGAAACUAAUGGACCUUGAAGCCUUUUUUGCAAAGGAGGCUGAGCAGGAGCAGGCCUCUGUCAUCCGAGGGAGCCAUUCAGCUGAAUAUGGCCCAAAUCAGCUACUUUAGUAUUUAGUCUUUUUGGGAGAAAUCUACUGACUUCUUCAUACCUUACUCUACCACUCUUUUCUAAUACCUGAUGAUAAGUUAUUGGCUGUGUCCCUCUUUAAGGUGCUAUUUUUUAUUUUUUUUUAAUGCUACUGGAGGGAUCCUCUUAGGGUCCCGGUGUGAGUGUAACACAGCCAUGUUAAGACUUACCUUCCUUCCCCACCCUCUGGAAGUUAUGGCUAACGUUUAAUGAUGUUUAAUGACCUUUUGAGGGUAGAGUAGGAGUAUGAAAGAGGAAGUAGUGUACCUUCAGUGAUGCUAGGAAUCUGUACUCCAAAACAUUUGCACAUUUGAAUCUGCUGUUACUACUGUAAUGGCUAUUUUGGACAACCUGACAGAAGAGGUAAAGAUAAGUUUUAACAAACACGUUCUUGAUAUACCACUAACUUUUUAAUAAUUAAAAGUAGCAGUCUGGACUUGCUUUCAAUUAUUUCUUCCUUCUGUUUACUUAGAAGGUUCCUUCUGACUUUCUGUGCCCUUUCUGGCUUCAGGCAGCAGAAGCCCAACGUAACUAGAAUUUAAAUAACUUGCACUUUGUAUAUAUUUGUUUAUUUGCAGUAUGAGGACACCUUUUAACAUGAUCUGAGAUUUUUAAAAAAAUAAUAUUUUCAGAAAAGAAGGUGCCCAGUGCUAAUUUUUCCCCAAUAGCAGAGUAAGUUUUUACCUAAUUGGCUGAUGCUUUAUACCUCUUCUCCAGAGGCAAAGCCCAAGAGGAUGUUAAGUUGCAGGAUAUGCAAGUAGAGCUUUUAAUUUAACUCAGCUGAGCUGCUGCAUACUGGAAACACCAGCAAAAUCUUUGAUUCUCAUUUUUAAGUGAUUUUAAUUUCGGUAAAAAUAUCACCUUCACUUUAACACCAACAGGAAAAAAAAUCUGUUUUGAUUUUUUUAAAACAUUUUAGUUUUACAAUCCAUACAGCUCAAAAUUAGAUGCCCUUUGUACAGCACCAUUGUACAUAAUAGCUGGUGCUAUACAAAGAGCCUCCUAGCAUGUCAAAAGUAUUUGUUUUUCAUUUUGUGAGGCCAUUUGUAAUUAUCUGAUGCAGCACCAGGCAAUUUCUCAGCCAUAGCUUUUAAAGGAAGAGAGCUCCCUUCUGGGGUAACUUCUGUUAAACCUACUUGAAGCAUGAUUCAAAAUGAAUGCUAGCUGCAGUACAGGUAAUUUCUGUCCCUUAGUGCCUAUAGAAGUUAUUCAUGCAAAGCUGUCAUUGCUGGGAUGCUCAAAUUUAAUUGGUCUAUUCUUUUAUUUGUCACUUAAAACUUGCACUUUCUUACUUACCUACCUAUGUAAUGAAGUUCCUAUUCACCUUCAGAAUGAACAAAUAUCUAGUGGGUAGGUAUUUUAAUCAAGUCCCAGUAAAUGCAGGACUGAAAACACCAUCAUUAUCUUCUGCUGCUCUGCCAUUUCUGUUACUGGCCUAACAGGAAACUCAAAAUUAACAAGCAAUCUGUUGAAUUCCAGAGCUUUGAAAGUAGAGAGAUGAAAGAGGAAUAUUACAUUCUCUGUGCCUGAGUCUUGAGAGAAAUGUAUUCUGGGUUUGCUCCACUCUCAGCUUACGUGCUGGGAUUCCUGGAAGUUUACAUUCUCGUUUUGGAGGCUAACUAUCUUUAGUCAGCAAGACUGAAGAAAAGAGAAAAGUGCAGACUUAGGGUAGUGUUGUUUGGGUUUUGGGGAUAAAAUAACAAGGUAGGCAAACUUUGAACAUAUUAACAUACUAUUUCAGCAGCAAGGUCUGGUUAACCUAUUUGAGCUGCUGUAGAACAUUUUAAUUGAUCCUCUUUAUUUUUAUAAAAAUAAAUACCUAAAAUAAAAUAAAGGUCAACCACCUUUUCAAAAAAUAUUUGAAACUUUCCCUGUGUUGGUUUAUUGCCCAAAUAUUGACUGGUUGGAAGCUGUAGCAAGAGUGAUGUGUGUGUGUAUGUAUGUAUGUAUAUGUGUGUAUAUAUAUAUAUACAUAUAUAUAAUUUUUUUAUGGUUUUAAAGCUGUAGAAUGGGAUUGUGGCACAGUGUUAAUUUACCUUCUAUUAAUAUGGCAGUCUUCUAGUGCUGUGACACAAUUGAGCUGUAACCUCACUGGGGCUUUUAAGAAAACAAGGAUAUGGGUGCGGAGGGAGGAAACUUGGGUCCAAGCACAGUUUGUACUUCUAGUGUGCUUCAAAACAUGGAAUUUGUUGUUUUUUCCUUAGUGUGUGGCUUGUUUUGUUGUAUUUUUAUCUGCUUCCUUGCUCUGCCUUAUUUCUGAUUGCUUUGAAAUAACAACUUUUAACAGUUACAGGAGAGGGAGAUGGAAGAAAAUGCCAGAUUCCCUUUUAUUUACAAAAACUGAAGGAGUUAGAAAAUGAUGUAGCAGUUGCCUAGCUUGUCCCACACCUUAGAGCUUGUGGAAACCCAGAUAUACAGCAUUAUUCUGUUUUGGUUUAGUAUUUGUAUGAUAGAGAUGCAAACUAACGGAGACAAAGCAUCUUUUUCUUCCUCCCCACACCCCCUUCAGGAACGUAUGUCAGUCAUUCUUGUGCACUUUUCCUUUUUUCCCUCUCCCACUUCUAUCCCUAUUUAAAACACUCAUGGAACAGCCUUGUUCCUUGUGGCUACUGCUUGUAACUGGGAGUGAGGAUGGUGCAAAGGUAGGUAUUUGCCACUCUGAGCUGCUUCUGUCUCAGGUAACUGAAGGAAAA